AUGUCUUCGCGUCAAUUGCCUACCUCCGAUCAAUGGACUUCAGACGAUGAGCUGAUCGAAUUCACACGGCCGAAUCGACCAAAAACGCAAGUAUGUAGACAUUGGCUGCGUGGAGAGUGCAAGAACACGCAAGAACAAUGUGCAUACCUUCACGAAAACAGAUCGAUCGCAAUCCGUCCGAAGAAUGCGAAAACGCAAGUAUGUAGACGUUGGCUGCGUGGAGAGUGCAAGAACACGCAAGAACAAUGUGCAUACCUUCACGAAAACAGAUCGAUCGCAAUCCGUCCGAAGAAUGCGAAAACGCAAACAUGUGAGAGAUGGCUAAAGGGAGAAUGUACAAGACAACAAUCAUGCUGGUUUCUGCAUGAAAUCAGAAGUCGGCCUACAUCAUCAUCGUCUUUGAAAACGGAAACGUGUCAAAAAUGGAUGAAAGGAAAAUGUGUCUACAAAGAUGGGGAAUGUUCAUAUCGUCAUGAUAGCAGAAAAGAAGAAGGUAGAGAGGAGGAAAAGAAGCCGAAGAAAACGGGCGACAAAUCACAUAAAAAUCGCCGACGUGACGAGCAUGACUUAUAUGAAAUUGCCAUUGAA